CAUCCACAUAGGAAACAAACACAAGCAGACAGUAGGAGAAUAUACGUAACUGCCUUCAGUUUCAGCAGAGCUGCUCAGGACAGGUGUCUGACCCACACAGUACAGACUGCACUUCAGCCAUGAUGAAGACCCCAUUGUGGACGCUAUUGCUGCUUGGACUGUGUAACCCAGCGUGGUGUGACUGCCAGAAGGAUUGCCUGUUCUGCAGCCAACAGCUACCUAAAGAAUUUGCCUUCACCAAUUUGGUGUGUCUGGUAGAGUGUCAUGGUAAUAUUUCUCCAGGCGACUCCUGGGAGCUGUGUCGCAGGACCAUUGUGGAACAGAAACCAAAAGCCUCCUUUCCAAUAGGGGGCACCAUGCUGAAGAGAGCAGACGAGGAAACAGACACCUUUCUGCCUGUGGAUGAGAACGACCCUCACUACUCUGAAAACCUUAAGAGAUUCGACCAUGUUACACGGGCUGUGGGUGCAGAAGAUCAGGAUCAAGACCAAAAUAUGCAGCUUAGUAAAAAACACAAGUUCCUACAAGUUCAGUCCACGCAAGAAUCUGAGGAAGAGCAAAAUGAAGACAGCGAGGUGGAGGGCAAUGAGGAAGAGGCGGCUAUCCAGCUAAUUAAACGCUUUGGAGGCUUCCUCAAAAACAAGUAUGGCUACAGGAAGUUUAUGGAUCCUGGCAGGUCUUUGCAGAAGAGGUACGGUGGAUUUAUAGGCGUCCGCAAAUCUGCUCGCAAGUGGAACAACCAGAAACGUUUUAGCGAUUUUCUCAAGCAGUAUUUGGGCAUGAGCACUCGAGCUAGCGAGAUCAAUAGUAUGUUCACUGAUAUCACCCAAGAGAAUGAAUAAAGCAAGCAAACGUACCCAGCAAACCACCAUUUGUUAUGCUCAGUCAAAAUAUAUCGUACACCUCUCUCCUCAAACACACACACACACACACACACACACAAAAUAAAUAAAUGCUACAGGAUUAGCAUUAACUCCGCAUCUGAUAUGUCAAAUAAGAAAAGAUACUUAAAUGUACACACAGUAAUUUUUCCCUAAUUCAAAAAAAGUUUAAAUGACUAGUACUUUUGAAAAAUGCUUAAAAUCAUAUGCACUCUCAUGAGAUGAAGACUAUUUCAGCAGCCUAAUAAAAGAGGUUUUAUUUUACAUACAGUGGGUCACCUCAUGGUCGCUGCCAUGUUGAGAUCACAUGACCAGCCUAAUAGCUACUACUUGCUUUAUCUUAUAAGGGGAACACCCCUUAUUAUCAUACACUCUUUGCUAGCUGAAUAAAUUAAGUCUGAAUAGUGCAUUUCUAAAACGGUAUCACUAACUAAAAACUUUUGCGUGAUGUGGUUCAGGGCCAAAACUCUACUUGCACAUACACUUAUUCUAAGCUACAGCUUCUAAGCUUACCUAGUUCUAGUGAAAUUGACUUACAAUGAGUGAUGAAAGGAAUGUUCCGGGUUCAAUCAUUUUUAAGCUCAAUAAUUUUUAGCAUAAUGUUGAUUAGCACAAUUUUUUUUAUUUCAACUCAUCCCUCGGUUACAGUAAGGCACUUACAAAGAGUGAAUGCCAUUCCAUAAACGUUAAAAUACUAAGCAUGUUUCAAAAGUAUAGCCACAAUACGUUAACAUUAUAUGUGUUAAUAUGAUUUUAGUGUGGUAAAUUACAUGGAUAACCUGCAUUACCUAUGUCGUCAUGGCCACAAAGUUGUAAUAUUGGAUAACUUUACACAGACUAGUUUAGUAAGCAAUAUUAUUGCACUAAAAAUCAUGUUAACAUGCAUAAUGUUUACGUCUUGGAGAUAUAGUUUUGAAACAGUAUGUAUUUUAAUGUUUAAAUUUAAUUCCAAAGUAAGCACCUUGCUGUAACUGCGAUUCUUUGCUUCUUUUGUUUUUAAAUACACGAGGGAUGGAUCAAAAUAAUUUUUCGUGGAAGUCAACAUUAUGCCACAAAUGGUGUUGUUUGAGCUUAUAGCAAUUGAAAAUUCUCCCAUCAUUUUACUCACCCUCAUGCCAUCCUAGACGUAUAUGUUGUUCUUCCUUCUGCUGAACACAAAGAUUUUUUUAGAAGAAUCUUUCAGCUCGUAGGUCCAUACAAUGCAAGUGAAUGGUUACCAAAACUUUGAAGCUCCAAAAAGCACAUAAAAGCAGCAUAAAAGUAAUCCAUAUAACUCCAGUGGUUUAAUCAAUGUCUUCUGAAGCCAUCCAAUCCGGUUUUGGGUGAGAACAGACCAAAAUGUAACUCCUUUUUCACUGUAAAUCCUGCCAUUGUCUUGACAUGAUCAUGAUUUCAAGCUCAAUUACUCUUCCUAGUGCUUGUGCAGAGCCCUAUUAAUUGUAAUUAAGUUUGAAAUCAUGAUCAUGUCAAGAUUAUUUCAAUGGCAGGAUGAACAAUGAAAAAUAAGU